AUGGCUGAUACCAUCCUGCCCAGACACAGCCCCAGAGCAGAUAUUGAGUUGGCCAACGACAGCCACCCUGAGAAAAGCUGUGAGACCCCAGCCAAGGAUGGUCAAGCACCAGCUGCAGUUGAUGAUGGCGAUGAUGGGGAUGGUGCAAUGGUGCAAGCUGUUGAAUACGAAGAAGAGAGAAUACUCUGUUCUCGGCUAGAUAUUCGGCUUCUACCUGUGCUGGCGGUAAUGUGUAUGUUUGCUGUUCCAUCUGCUUCCUCUGCUGACAGGCGCCGACUGAUCGAGGCAGAUCUUUUCAAUGCACUAGACAAAGCAAACAUUGGAAAUGCGCAAACCAACGGGCUCAGCGAGGACCUCGAUUUCGCAGAUGGAGAAUACAACCUAUUGCUGUCGAUAUUCUUCAUUCCCUAUGUGAUAUUUGCGCCUUCAAUCGCCAUGAUAGGCAAGAAGUACGGUCCCGCUCGCGUUUUACCAAUAUGCAUGUUCUGUUUUGGAUCUCUGACGCUUCUCUCUGCUGCCGUCCACAACUUCGGCGGCUUGUUUGCAAUUCGUUGGCUACUGGGGAUGGCCGAAUCAGCCUUUCUCCCGUUGGUAAUUUAUUACCUUACCACUUUCUACCGGCGAGGAGAGCUAGCACGGCGUCUUGCCAUCUUUUAUGCUGCGUCGAAUAUUGCAAGCGCAUUUUCCGGUUUGGUCGCGUUUGCAGCCUUCCAACUCCCCAGCACAAGACUGGAAGGGUGGCGUUACCUUUUUCUUAUUGAGGGAGCAUGCACAGUAUGCUUCUCUAUAUUUGCAUUCUGGUAUCUCCCUCACACGCCAGCGCAGGCAAGGUUUCUCACUGCGCAGGAAAAAACACUUGCGUUCCACCGGAUACAGGUUGAUUCGUCUUCUGUUGUCAAUGAAAAAUUUUCUUUCAGGGAUGCACUCGGAGUAUUCAAACAGCCGACUUCAUACUGCUUUAUCCUGAUUGAGAUCUGCCUCGGCGUUCCUUUGCAGUCUGUUGCCUUGUUUUUACCCCAGAUCAUACAGCGGCUAGGUUACGGAACAGUUAAGACGAACCUAUAUACCGUCGCACCAAAUUGUACCGGGGCAGUCAUGCUCCUCAUCCUGGCGUUUAGCUCAGAUGCCGCCAGACUGCGCUCGCCAUUCAUUGUUUUGGGAUUCCUCCUUAGCUUCAGCGGGUUUAUGAUCUAUGCCUCGAUCGACGAUGUCAAGAACAACAUACGACUCGCAUACUUCGGCGCAUUCAUAAUGACAUGGGGCACAUCCGCACCCUCAGUGCUGCUAAGCACAUGGUACAACAACAAUGUUGCUCACGAGGGACGUCGUAUCCUUCUCACAUCUGUGGGUGUCCCGGUGGCCAAUCUCAUGGGGUUAGUGAGCAGCAACAUCUUCCGCGGGAAGGACAGCCCAAAAUUCGAGCCGGCAUUGAUCACCACUGCCGUCUUUGGUGCAACCGGUUGUAGGUCUUCUCGGUCCCUGGCAACCUCGAUCUGGUCUCAGACGUCAAACAUCCUCCCUGACUCCUCGUCUUUCUCGUAUUUUGACGCCCUGAUGUUGAAAUUGCCAAAGAAGAAAGUUAACGAAAAAGAAAAGAAAAAACCAAUUAAAGUCAUUUAUGUCACGUGA